CAGUAUUGCUCCGGCCUUCAUGCUGUAUAGAAGUGUGUGAUUUUUAUGAUAACUUUCCUCUGAAUCACGUGACAAAAUCACGUCAGAAAAUUUUUUUUCAAAUUUAUUCAGUAGUGUUCAUUUAUCUAUAUUUAUAAUAUAGUAACCAGUUGCACCGAUAACUGUGGACUUUUUAAAAUAUUUAUUCAAUUUAAGCUUUGAAAAUGUUAUUGAAAAAAGUGAAUAAACAUGAGUGUGUUUGAUAAACACGGAGUUACGUGUUACGUGAGCGCGCACUUUUCGAUUGCCGUUUAAGUGAUAAGAACUGUGUACAAUGAUAUGUUGUGGAUGUUAAACAUUUUUACAGCUUGACUAUAUUUUUAAAAAUUUUCAAAUUACCGCCACUUUUUGUUUCUUCAAUUUGAUAUUUUAUUUUAUUUUUUAAAACAUUAACGAGGAUUCAAAUUCAGAGCGAAUAAAUAUACAUCAUCAUCAUCAUCAUCAUCAUCAGCAAUUCUGUUCAGUUACGAAAAUAUCCCACAAUAAAUUGGUUUGAUAAUCCGGUUCGAAGAAGAUUGUUGAUUGAGUCUGUUUGGAAAAUAUCGCGUACUGUUUAAAGCAUGACAGAAAAAUUUAUGCUAUGAGAAGGUGACACUGGAGAGUUAAGAACAAUAAUCUAUAUAAGAAAAAAAUUGGUUUGGAAAUGGCUAAAGGCUCGGAAAGAUUACCUGGUAGUUCAACCAGAAUUCGAACUCGCGACGAUGGCUGUUGCUCCGUCAAUUUUUUAAAAUAUGUUCUCCACAUAUAUAAUGUCGUUCUAUUUCUUUCUGGACUAGUAGUUGGUGGAAUAGGAAUAUGGACGGUAAUUGCCAAACACAGUUACAUAUCAUUGAUGGCAACAUCAACGUAUCCAAUCCUUGCAUAUGCUCUUAUUGUCGCUGGAGCCUUAGCAGUAAUUGGCAGUUGGCUCGGUUGUGGCGGCGUGUCAUCUGAAAAUCGAUGCGUCUUACUAAUAUACAUUUUCGUGGUGAUGGCUGUCCUAGGGUUAGAAGCAGGAGUUGGCAUAUUGGCUAGAUUGCACGAAGAGCAAGUCGGCCCGGAGCUAAAGGAUACUCUGAACCGCACUUUCCUGGAAUAUUACUCUGUGAGUUCUCGAGAAACCGCAGCAAUUGACAGAAUGCAGAUUGAAUUCAGAUGCUGUGGAGCAAGAAGAUUCGAGGAUUGGUUAGCGAGCGAAUGGUUCAAAGAUGAACAAGUACAGCGUGAUGGAAGUUUAGUACCUGAUAGUUGUUGCAAAACACCCACACUACUCUGUGGAAGACGAGAUCAUCCAUCUAAUAUUCAAUACACGGGAUGCAUAUACAAGUUUUUGGAGACGACAAAGGAACACCUGAUUAUCUUGGGAGCUGUCGGUCUCGGAUUAUCUGUUCUUGAAGUCUUCGGAAUAAUUCUUGGUUCCUGCCUUUAUAUAAAGUUACGGCAUGAUUUUGAUGACUGAGAAUUACUUUACUAUGAAGACAACAAUAACAGUCAAACCUGGUGCAGGUAUGCACAACAUCAUGUUUGACAAGAAGCACCCGCGUAACGAAGAGAUAUCAAUCUAACAGAAGACCGAGAAAUAUGAAGAUAGUGACAGUUUCUCGAAAAACUAACAAUGAUAUCUCAUCCGUUACGUAAACGUCGGAGAAUGAAUACAUCCGAAUAUGAAUGAUCGAUUGCUAAACUAGUUGAACAUGUUUUUAUUGAUAUGACUAUGUACUAUGCUAACACGGUGUUCAUAAAAUUUAUUAUUACUAUUAAUAUUAAUGUGUAAUAAAUAAAAAAGGUGCUAUCACCACUAAAUUUACUCAUCUGUACAAAGAAGACUAUAAUUUCUUUUCAACAGUGAAAACUUGAUGAGUGAAUUUAGUAUGAAAAUUGUAAUUUAAAAAAUAAUCUCUAUUUGUCCAUGUAAAGUAUUCGCUUCGAGAGCAAUAGUACUAGUGUCAGAGGUAACAAUUUUAAAGACUUCUCUCUGAAAAAAUUACAGAUAAAUUUCGAUAAUAUAUGACUUCUGUCUG